GUCAAAAUGUGUAAACCUUCAACUCUAGGUAAUGCUAAACAGUAUAGUAACAUAACUACUGAAAAAAUACUUUUUUAUCAAAUAAUUGGAAACUUAAAACUUAUUUCCAUAUUAUUUUACAAACACACAAUGACUUUGACAAAAGCUGUGGAUCAAAUGACAAUACUACUCGGUGACCGAGCAAAGCUGAAGGAUCUACUCCGUUUGCGAUUGACUGAAUGUGGGUGGAAUGAUGAAGUUCGACUUCUAUGCCGUGAUGUUAUCAAAGAAGAUGGAGGAAACGUGAAUGCAGAGAAAAUUGUUAAGCAGGUUACACCAAAAGCCCGUGCUCUCGUUCCAGACGCUGUAAAACGUGAACUACUACAGAAAAUUAAAACUAUUCUUUCUACACAAGGAGGUGUUGAUAUUUAGUAAUAUUGUUACUCUGGAGAAUGAAAUGAUAGCUUCAAAAACAAUUACAAAUACAAAUUUACAUAUUAAUACAUAGAAUUUAUAAAAUAGGAUUAUAAAUGUUAAUAAAAUCCAAUCAUUUCCACGAAACUUG